AUGUGGUCCUCAAUUGAUGCUCUUGGCGGACUGAUUCCGAACUGCAAAUGUGGUGCGACGUACGAUCUUCGAUUUUGUGCUCCUCAUACACUUCCAUGUGCACAUACGUUUUGUCUGAUGUGUCUUAGUAAGGAUGAGCAAAGAAAAAGACGGAGGUGCCCGUCUUGUCAGAAGAAGUAUUCAUCGUUCAUUUUAAACGUUACUCUUGCAGAAGUAGUGGAACGUGUACGACAGCGACGUGAAUGGAUGGAAGGACAGUCGCGAAGAUGCGACGAAUGCGAUUCACGACGUCCAUUGAGCACAAUGCGACGUUGUCUUAGUUGUGUUCGCGAUAUUGGCAAACAUGUGUCCAUUGGCUGUACGUUGGAUUGCCUUAUAUGUCUUGAAUGUUGUGUUGAUCGUCAUAACGGUCACGAAUUCAUUGCUGUAGCGCAGCCAUUGUCCUGUAGCUCCUCAUCAAUUCCUCCAGCUGCAACGUCAACCCCACGAUUAGGAGGAACACCUCGAUAUGUGCAAUGGAAAGCAUCUACGAGCAAAGGUGAUUCGAGGAUAAAACCGAGCGUAGCCUCAGGCUCUCUUCCACAUAAAACAAAUGGCAUUCGUCGAGGACUACCAUCUUCUGCACCUGCUAUCCAAGACGAUUUGGUAUUCGAAACGAGAAGUCCCUUAUAUUAUCAUAUAACAUCGUCAUUCCACGAAGUAGUGCCCAACAAAAGUAGUGUUGUGCGACGUUUGUCCGGAAUUAUUCGAAAUGUUGUCGGCUCCCAUAGUUCCAUAACGAAUCAAAAGGAUUCCAGAAAUUAUCACGAUGAUGUCAUACGGAAAAUUAGUAGCGCAGCAAGUGGACCUAGCAUUGAUCAAGAUGGCUCCAUGUAUCAAUACAUAUCACCACGCUCUAAGAAUUUCUCGAGAACUACGUGUUCAUCAGAGCUUGGAUUAGAUACUAUUGAACGCCUGCCUCUCUCUCAUUACUACGUUAAUCUUAAUCGACGAUGCUCAGAUUAG